GCUAGUGUAGUAGUUCAUCAGCUGUGGAAGAAAAGUGCGUUGUUUGGUGAUAAUAAGUUUGUGAAGGACCAAAGGAAUAUGAUGACAACUCCGAAGAUUAGCUCGAAGGCAUUUAGGAUCAUCUGUCCGAAGACGGCAGUUCAAAGCGGAAGGAAGCAGUGAACCAUAGCGGACAUUCACCUUUUCAUCAUUGCUAGUCCAGUAACAUGACUGGAGUCUGCGCACUUCUUGCUGAAUGCCUGGCACAGAGUUUCCAUCUGCUGUAUCCGAAACUUCUAGAGGAGCCAUUCCCUUCGGCAACUGGAGUGGAACUGUUGCAAAGCACUCUGAAUCGUCUCCAGAGGAAUUCUGAACCAAAUCAUAUCAAAGAGGGGUCGACCUCAAAUACUGAAAAUAGCGUUACGUUGAGAAAGAACGAAAAAAAUAGGAUCUAUAGUGAUUUGCAUAACAGGGUUCAACAAAAUAUGAGACGAAGUAUAAACAUGAAAACAAAAACUUGUGAAGCUGCAGGGUGUCUGUCAUCCAGCAAGCAAGGCAUCAGAUUCUUCAGCUUUCCAAGGGAUCCAGCAAGAACGAAAUUUAACAGAAACAAAAGAAAUGAGACCAGCGGAAGGAAAUAAUUUCAUGAUCUACGAACAGAAGAAGAGUAAGGAGGCUUGAACACGAUUCGUAUUAAAUUGGA